UUGUGGACCCGGAGGACAUUAAAGACAAUCUGCCAUUCAUUCAUUGCAAAAGAUUCGUCAGAGCUGUCAAAGCAUUGGAAGCAGGUGAAUUUUUGCCCCUCUGUUUUAAUGCAAGUUUUCUGAAACUACAAGGGUUUAUUCCAAAAAUGCCAAAAAAAGUUGCCAUCAGCUGUACAUGGCAAUAAUUACUCUAUAAUUGGUUUUCAUAAUUAGGUCCAUUUGUAUUCCUGGUUGACCCAAACUGGUGUAGUGAAAUAUAGAUCGUAUAUUUAUACACUGUAAUUAGAUCUAUAUAUUAUAAUCGGAAGCGGUUGUUUUUAUCAUCAGGGAGUUUACUUAAACACUUUGUAUUGACUGAGAGACAAGAAAAGAGAGAGAAUUGGGAUCGUUUAAGAAUCUUUAAUUUCUAUAAUUAAGAAUUCAAACAAUCUACCAGGACUAUCUCAAUGAUGGAUGCAUAUGGAUUUGAAUGUUAUAGUGUUGGUGCGUGGGUGUGUGUGUUGUUCAGAAUCUCUAGGCUGCCGUAGGUGGAUCUGGUUGUCUGAUGUUAUGACUACGGACCACGAGGCUUCCGAAGCUGAUGACAUGAGCAGCCAUCUUGUGCCGUGACUACGUACCUAUGGAGUCUCCCGUGUUAGAUCAGGAAAUGCCAGGUCCUCGUACCUUCAGAUGUACUGGAACUGGUAGAACAGCGGUCACAGCACGACAAAGCCCGUCUGCGGAUCGACUCCCAGUAGUAGCAGCAGGCGUCAGCGAGUUAGCUCUUAUUUUGAAGGAACGUCGUCUUGUUGUUCAAACGACGGAAAUCUCCAGCUUGACAGUUCUCAGCUUAAAGUAGAAAGUGCAGCUGGCCAGGCUGCACCUCUCUUUUGCGGUGAUGGAUCGAGAGCUGGUUGAAAACUACGUUGAGUCUAUGAUGUAACUCCUUUGGAACUCAGAUCGAACAGAGCUCAGGUUAAAAUGGAACUGAAUAUAAAAUGGCGUUGCCUUGUUUUAUAUCCCCUAGUUGUUUAUAAAUCUUAGUAAACCGGAUUGGACAACUUCAUUAAACAACCCAGAUUCUGCCCUACGACAGACGAAAGUUCUGAUUGGCUGAGAACAAUGUGUCAUAUGUUUCCAUGUUAAUGUAGAUCAGUCUGUCUGGUGCAGUCCUGUUUAUUCAUUAAACACAUAACUCAUGACAUCUUUAUUUCACAGAUCAUUCACCUGAUUAUUAUUGAUCAACAUAUGCUUUGAUUAGCUUUAUCACAAAUAAAGUACUUUGAUUAAUUAAUGGAAAGUGUUCUUCUCUUCUUCUGUCUUCUCCUGGAAUGUAAACAUACUGAAACAAGCAUCCGACCUUGGCGAUUCCUACACGUUGUUACUGUGUAAAGGGGCAGCUGUUAAGGGCAGACAAUUAUAAUAUUCAUAACGCUACACUGGACAUUGAGGACCAAUGUAUUAAUUGAUUUGCAACAAUUGUGAUGUGUUUAAUUUAUGGAGAUGUUUGUCAUGUCAUCCAUAGAUUCACAAACUCCACCCCAGUUCACCCGGCCUGGCCCCUCAUCAACACCUGAACCACAGAGGUUUCAGCUGCCCUCAACACCACCUGAGACAGCCGACUCCCCAUCCCAAGACACAUAUUCUGUACCAUGGCACAAAUUUCCCUCAAAAGUCAUGGAUGAGUUGCGUGAAAAAAAGUACAUAAUGGGGAAAGACAGACGAGAGAUGGUUCGGAUCGUCGCUGAAGAUUACCUCCAUAAACACCCAGGAAGACCUGGUAGACAAAAGCUGAGGGAACUUGCCAGUAUGAUUGUAAGACAAUAUCCUGACUCUUUCAAGCUGACAGAGCCAUUUGGAAACAAACCUUUUGCAAAAGAUGGUUCUGAAACUCUCUUUCGUCAGCUGGAACACAGAAUUGAAAAUAUGAAGAGGCCACUAAGCUAAAAUGAAGAGGCAAGCAGGGGGUGAAAAUUCAACAAAGAAAAGGCCCAGGAAUUCAGAUCUGUAUGGAUGUGUGGCGUGGGAUCCAAUCAUUGAGGGGGCCGUGUGUCGAGAAGACCUGCUGUCUAAACGAGAUGAGUUGAAACGUGCCUUUCAAACCCAGGAUCUUCAGGAGUCAUCUGUUCGAAAAUUGAUGACUGAAACAUAUCCCAUUCAGCGUGAAAUCCUCAACGAUGAUGAUACCACUAUUGCCGUUGUAAAGGACGAGUGGCCAUUCCUGUUUGAAGUUCCUCACCUGUUUGAUCAUGCAUCUAAACUCCUUGGCUUCUCUGUACAAAACAAGCUGGCACAGAUCUCUGCAGAUCCUGAAGUCGAACUCCCAGUGACCCCAUGCAUCCUAAUCAGAGGUGACCAGCAAUUCAAGAUUGCUGUUGAUGGGUUACUUGUCAAUGACCACAUCACCUCUCCCAUUGUGGCCUUGAGCUACGUCUUCUCCAUGUUUUAUGUCUGCAACGUCCAAUACCCACCGGAGAUGGCUUUUACUCUCGAAUUCAUGCAAAGAGUUUUCUUUGGGGUCAAUCCUGAGCGAGGCUCCAAGGCAGAGAAGAAGGGGAAGAAACGGCACUUCAUUCCUCCACAGGUGUGCAAGCUGGUUUCUCAGCUGAAGGAAUUUGAAUGCAAGCAGAAGGAAUCUGAAUGGGCCAUUUGAGCUGUUCUCAGAGCUCAGAAAAUACCUUUUUGGACUGAAUGUAUACACACACACACACACACACACACACACACACACACACACACACACACACACACACACACACACACACACACACACACACACACACACACACACACACACACACACACACACACACAGGCAAAUCCAAAAACAUGGGGUUUGGGAGUCGAAAUACAGAUUUUUACAGUAUUAGGUGAGUUCAGAUGUUUUAUGCCCACAACACACAUGCUGCAGUUUCAAAUCCCCCAUGUUAAGGGGGAGGGAAGGUGGGCGAUAUUUGUCAUUCCGGUUAAGCUUUUCCUGUCAUUGUGGAGUUGGAGGUGUUGGGUAUUUUUAUAAUUGUACCUUUUUGAGGCCUAAAAGAUGGCCAACUGUUGCUGUUAAUGAAAGGUUGAGCAAGGAUGUUGAUUGUAAGAAAACUGUACCUCUGUAACCUGAGAAGGCCUGCCUUCUCCCCCAUCCUUGGUGAAUAAAGCCCCUGACGAGCUGGGAGCACACGGGAGUGACAUGGGGAAGCCUCGGAGGAGGUUUCUCUGCAUUAACUCUCCAUGUUUUGGAGACUCAGGGUAAAAUGUCUUCCUUGUUGUCAUGUGUGUUAUUUCAGGUUCAUGGAGAUUAAAUAUUACUUAACAUUUAAUUACCUAACAUUCUGGUCUCCUGAUGGAGACCGCGGGUAUGCAGAGCUGGUGAGGUGAAGGCUUUGAGGCUGUAGCAGAGUGGGGGCUGGAUGUCUGGGCCCAGCUCACGCAUGGUGAUCGGACAUUACAAAUAAUCAAUUUUCUCUCUCUCUCUGGGGUGUGUCGUCCUUUAAGGUAAUAUG